AAUCGCCAAUUCUUGAAGUGUGUUACUCUUCCUAGUGAAUCAACGGUAACGACAUGACAAAAGUUGGUCGUGGAGAAACGAGCAUCGAAAGUCGCGCGAGCGCUUUCUGCGAACCUUUCUCGAGGAUAUGUCAACGUGUUGGAAGAACCGCGCGUGAACGACCAUUUUUCCUGUGAUUUAUUAACGAUACUACCGCGAGACGUUGACACAGGAGAGGCAGAAAACGAAGGGGAAUAACUGUCAUGAAUCGACGCGGUGAAGUACGAGCUUAAAUCCAUCGUGAGUACGCCGAUUCAAUGGCACCAGCACCAAUUUUUCGAUCGAUCUACCUCGCGGAGGAAUGCUGCUAACUUUAUUCAGAUUGACCAUGAUCGUUCCGCUACUAAUCAGCGCAGUUGGCGUCGAAACCAAUCCCGAAAAAUUAUCGUUCGUACCGUCAGAAGAAAACAAAGCAGUGGCCCAAUCGCAUCGACAAGGUUCUACGUUUUUAAAAGAGAAAUCCGUUCGCGAUGAAGACUCAGGUCUCGUAGAGAAGCGGCAAUCGAACAAGAAUAGUCGAUAUUCCAGCGAUCAAGAUUCGAUAGUACGUCGUGGUAGUGUCAGUUUCAUAAAGAACAGGAUCCCGAGACAAGGCGGCGGAGGAUUAGCGCACAAAAUGGCUAAGGAUGCGCUCAAAUCUCCGAAGAUGCAGGAGACUAUAAGGAAGCUUUCGCGAGUUGCGCCCAAAGGAACUCUUCGUGGGAGUAUUAAAAUGCCAACAGUAUCGAAAACUGGCUCGAAGGUGGCCGAAGGUAGAAGACACCGGAAAGUGUUGAGACACAAGGGACAAAGAAAGAAGAAGAAGAGAAAAAGACAUCACCGAAAGUUCAGAAAACAGCAACCUGGUUUGUUAAAGAGAGGAUCCUCUAAGAGAACGUUGGACACCGAAAGGGGCAUUAACGUGUUAACAAAGAAAUCAAACGGAAGGGGGAAUUCUAUGAUUAAGCAUAAUCCAGUUAUUCUCGGCGAGAAAUCACGCGACGAAUUGUCCACAGAAUCGGACGUCGAAGUUAGCGCUGUGAAAGUCGACGACAGCGAUUACGUUGAUUUUUCCUCGCCUUUGAGUACCACCCAAAAAUCGCAUAAGAUCGAAAGCGAAAAAAUGAUCGAUCGUUUAAUGAGAACUACCACGAAGGAUCCGUCGAAAAAGAAUCCAGGCGACCAAGGGGUCGAGUAUUCGGAUUAUUAUAGCGACGACGAAGUUCUCCAAGACAUCGCCGCGAAUAAAAUUCCGAUACAGCUGGCCGAGUCGAGAAAUCUUAAUGAUCGAUUCGCACGACAAACGAUGAAUUUUACGUCGCAUCGUAGCAAUCGGAUCAGACACUUGAAACCUUACUAUCCGGAUUACAAUACUCGCGGAAGAGACCUCAGGUACAAGGACGACGGUGUCAAUUACCUUAAUAAUUUUCAGAACUAUCCGACAAAUGAACGUUUCUCGAGACUAAAUCGGAACUCCCGACUCUUUGGAGCAGAUGAUCCUUUUCUCAGUUACGGGAUCAAUUACGGAUCCUCGGAACAUCAAAACGAAAAUUUCGACGCACCAUAUUCGGACAAUACGGCAGAAAUUCCGGAACACUCGCAAGUAGCCGAAGAUAAUAAUUUCGAUUCGAAUGAAUUAAACGACGAAGUUCAACAACCUGUUGUCGAGACGCAGAAUCCAGAUCAAUUUAAUUAUUGGAAUCAAUACGAAACUCCUGAAGAAAACCUGCAGAACUUAAAUCUGGACGAAUCUCAGACUCUGAAUAUAAACGAACCGAUCGAACCGCAAAUUCAAAGUUUAAACAACUACCAACAGAUAGAGGCAAAUUUGCCACAGGAAGGAAACUUCGAACAGAGUAUGAUAAAUCAACCUUUAAUAGAUAACACGAGGAUUCCAGGCGCGAAAGGAGAGAAUACGGAAAUUGGUACUCCACUUAAUUACUCUCCUCCCCAAUCGUACAGUAAUCAAGAAAACCAACAACAUAACCAACAAGUAGCUCCGCAAAAUUUCCCAGUACAGUCCAGGUACAAUCUUUCGACAGUAAACGUUCCCAGCGCGAUGGACCAGCCUCUUGGAAAGGUCCUAGAAUUCCUAGGAAUUAACGUCGAUGGUGGUAAUCGCAAACAAAAUCCAAGUCUGAACGAAAAUAUUAAUCAUCAAAUAUUGCCUUAUUCCAAUACCUACGAAAACGGAAUACCGGAAGAACAUUUUAUAAGUCCAAGUUACUUAAAGAAGAAACCAGGCAGAGAACAAACUAGUUUUCACGAGGAUGACAAUACGAGAGGAUUGGAACAUCAAGCAAUUAGAUACAGAAGCAGAAGUAAGGCGGAAGAGGGAAAUUUUAUGAGGCAGUCGAAUCGAAAUGGAAUAUACAACAAUGAUAAUUUGGCACGUCUGGACGAUGGUAGGGACCCUGGUCAUAAUACGAAUACUUCCACCGCGGUGCAUAACACGAAAGAGGUAGCCAGUGAAAUACUCAGUACCAUAAUGGACGAACUGGACGAACUGAAAGAAGUUCGGUCGAAGAACAACAAGGGGGAAGGCUUACCUUGCCGUUUGUCAGGGUCCUGGUCAACAGCUCAGGCCGGAAUGAAACUGGAUAUGAGGGUCGUGAAUCGUACUAUAAUCGUGAGGCUUUCCGACCUCACGUCACCGCGUUUACACGAUAGCUUGCUGAAUGGAACGUGGAACAUAUCUGGUCAUGCCCCAUUCAAACGUGGUUCGCCAUUUACCCUCAUCGCCACCAAUAAUUGUACCAAUUCCAUAGCCGUCUUUGUUGGUGCUUGCAGGGUGUGCCAGGGUAUCGAUACCAUAGCAGGUGUUUGGUCCGUAGCUCGACAACCAAAAGAUUGCAAAGACUUCCAGGUAUCCACGAGUGUCUUCAACGAUAUUUUCCGCAAAACGAAAUUGUCCAGUUUGAAAGAGAAACAAGGCGCGAAUUCGACGGAAAAUGCGACAAUGAAGCAUAAAAAGAGGAAAAGCUAGGGGUAGUUGAACCUUCUGAAAUCCGUAUGACGCGGAAGAUCAAUGGAACAGGUAAGAAAAACGUUGGAAUUUCGAGAGAUGGAACUACGAUAAUGGAAAUGAUGAUCAAUCCGCGUGCAGUUAACGAUUCGUAUGAAAAUAAUGUAUCGCAACACAUAUGUAGUAACACGUAUACAAGAAAAAUGUAGAAUACUUUGUAUUAUGAUGUAAGUAGCCUCUAAUAAAUAUGGCGUUUUGUACUGCGUAAUUUUUUAUCACGGU